CACUACUGCGCAGGCGUCAGGUACAGGGAAGGCGGCUUUAACCCUACUGCGUAAACAGGCACUUUGUAUCCGCUCGUCAGCUGCUGCUAAACAGAUCCAGCUUUCUCCAAGGCAGCGAAGUUCCAGGUUGCAGUUUUGGCUUUAUAACCAGAGCCACCCUCUUCCAACAUGAACCACGGUCCUCAGCUGAUUGCUUUUACUCGUGCCCAGGAGGAAUCGGAUCUCUGGAGAGAUGGUCAUGUCCAGAAAAAAUGCUGCAGAGGCUCCCAUCUUGCUGGCCAGGAGGAAGGGAACAUUGCGGGUGAGGCAGCUCGCAGCUUCUAUGAGAGCCUUUUGGAAGCUCCAGCUAAUCCUGUGAGACCCUCACAUAGGAAGCGAAAGGUGCCUUGCGUAGGCCACCGACCUGUGCAAGAGGUUCCUCCCGUCCAGAACCACCCAGGACAGACAAGUAGCCGCACAGGGAACAAGUUUUUGAAAGCCGCCCAGGAUGGGGACCUGAAAUUUCUGCGGACGCUGGCAGAGAAGGAAGGGUGUGAUGUGAACUAUAGAGAUGAUUAUUAUUGGACAGCGAUUAUGUGUGCAGCUUACGCUGGACGGGUGGAGGCUGUGAGAUAUCUCCUGAGCCGUGGUGCUGCCUGGGUAGGGGUCUGUGAGCCACAAGGCCGGGAUGCUAUGGAUUUGGCCGAGGAGGCAGGACACCAGGAUGUGGUGGACGUCCUACGGGAGAGCGAAAGGCCACAGGUGAAGGAGGAACCCUCCAGCCCGCAGCCACCAGCCGAGAGGAACUACUGUGCCGUGUGCCGGACGCACUACAGCGAGGACACGGUGGCGUUGCACGAGCGCUCGACUGCUCAUCUGUUCAACCGGCGCGACCCACUGCCCCCCACACGCUACCACAUCCCAGAGAACAACGUGGGCUUCCGGCUGAUGGUCAAGGGAGGUUGGGAUCAGGAAGCUGGCUUGGGGCCUGAGGGCACUGGCCGCAAAUUCCCGAUCCAGACUGUCCUCAAGCGAGAUCAGAAAGGGCUGGGCUUCUGCAGUGACCUCAGACCCAAAGUCACCCACUUCGACGCCAAUGACUCCAGUGCAGUGGAGAGGCCCGUAGAGCAGCAGCCCAGGAAGGAAAGGGCAGCGACGGUGGGGAAACGCGAAGCUCGGCGCAGAGAGGCCAAGGCCGAAGCUUGGGAACGCAACCUCCGUACUUACAUGAACCUUGAUAUUUGAGCUCUUAUUGGUUAGAGGAGCUGUCUACAUAACCACUCGAUCUCCUUCUGGCCCAAUCGGAGAGACAGGACAAUGUUGUAAAGGGGAAAGGUCGGCUGAAGGAAGGUACAAGGAGCUGCUGGCACCUGGUAGGCAGGAGCCAAAGUGGGUAAUCCAGAAAAAUAAAUGUGGAGUUUCUCAUAUGUUGCACUAAGCCAUAACACUCUCAGGCAUCCUUGGACCACCCAGGUAAACGGGCCAAAGGUCAGAAAAGGCUCUUGGCUUCCUUUCAGGAUCCCCAAGGGAAGCAAAAGAUCAACAUCUCUCUGUUUUCCUUCCUUCCCCUGGAGAUCUAUUAGCAAACAAAAUGUUAGCUUUCGCCCUGCACAGUCGUUGGUGUUCAUUGGGCAGGGCUAUGUGUACUCUAUGCUGGGAAGAAAAAUAGAAUUCUUUGCCAACAGUGCUUCAGAACUUGCCUCACGAAAGAUCUGAAUUAUGUAGCUUAUAGAAACUAUUCAAAUUAAAUCACCUUAUGCAGAAA